AUGAUUGGUUUCAACAAUUCAUGGCCAUUGCCAACUUUGAGAGUUAAAAAGGGCGAUAGAGUCAACCUCUACCUUACAAACACGUUUGACACAGCCAACACCACGUUACAUUUCCAUGGUUUGUUCCAGCCGGGUUCAAGUCAAAUGGAUGGACCACCUUUGGUUUCACAGUGUCCUAUCCCCGUUGGGGAAACUUUUCUUUACAAUUUCACCGUUGGCAAUCAAGCUGGUUCGUAUUGGUACCACUCGCAUACUUCGGGCCAAUACGGCGAUGGCAUGAGGGGUGUUUUCAUCAUUGAAGAUGACGACUUUCCCUACGACUACUACGAAGAAGUGGUGUUGACCUUGGGUGAACAUUACCACCAGUACUCCGACGAUAUGAUGCCCGCUUUCUUGAGCAGAUUCAACCCCACUGGAGCCGAGCCCAUUAUCGACAAUAUCUUGUUUAAUGAAACUAGAAACGCAACUUGGAAGGUUGAGCCGGGCAAGACCUAUUUGUUAAGGAUUAUCAACACGGGCAGGUUUGUUUCGCAAUAUCUCUGGCUUGAAGACCACAACAUGACCGUUGUUGAAGUUGAUGGUGUAUACACUGAACCGAAGGAAGCAAGCAUGCUUUACAUUACAGUGGCUCAACGUUAUGCCGUGUUGAUUACAACCAAGAAUUCAACUGAUCAAAAUUACGCCUUUAUGAACAAGGUCGACGAUAGUAUGUUGGACAAUGUUCCAAAAGAGUUGCAACUUAACGGAACAAAUUACCUCGUUUACAACGAGACUUUGUUUGAAGAGUCAAAGCCAAAGCAAAAUAUCGUGCAGGAUUUGGACUUUUUGGACGAUUUCUACUUGGUGCCAUUGGGAGGCCGCAAAUUGUAUGACGAUGCUGAUUACACCAUCACGGUUGACGUGCAAAUGGACAAUCUUGGCAACGGGGUCAAUUACGCCUUUUUUAACAACAUUUCCUACACAUCUCCAAAAGUGCCCACUUUGCAUACGGUGUUAUCAGCAGGUGAAGCAGCCACGAAUGAGUUGAUCUACGGUAGCAACACCAACACUUUUGUCUUGGAGGAAAACGAAGUGAUUGAUAUCGUGUUGAACAACUUUGACACUGGUACCCACCCUUUCCAUUUGCAUGGACACGUUUUCCAGCUUAUCGCGCGAGGCCCAGCAAGAGAAGACACUGAGACGCCCUUGAACUUUAACAUUAGCGACCAUGCCGAGUUCCCACAGUACCCCAUGAUGAGAGAUGUUGUCUAUGUUCGGCCACAGUCUUACUUUGCCAUUCGAUUCAAAGCAGACAAUCCCGGUGUUUGGUUCUUCCACUGCCACAUUGAGUGGCACUUGGACCAAGGUUUGGCCAUGGUGUUGGUUGAAAACCCAAAUGCAAUCAUCAACAACUCAACCCAGCAAUUGACCGAGAACCACAUUGACAUUUGCAAAAAAGUCGGCGUUUCCUACCAAGGUAAUGCCGCUGCAAACACGGCAAACUAUUUGGACUUGAGCGGAGAAAAUGUCCAGGUCAAGAGAUUGCCCACGGGUUUCACUGCCAAGGGUAUCAUUGCCUUGGUGUUUUCGUGCGUUGCAGCAAUCCUCGGGUUGGCCACCAUUGCUUUUUACGGUAUGCAAGAUAUCGAUCACGUGGAAGAAAGAGUUGCUGAAGAUCUCGAUGUCGAUCUCGACGUCGAAGACAACGAAGACAGCGUGGACCAGAUCAUAGAGACUGGCUCAUCGUCUUCACAUAACACAACGGGUAAAAGAAGUCACUAA